AUGGCCCAAGACGACCAGCAAGCCCGAACCUUUCUCCGCAACGCCAUCGCCAAGCAUCAAGAUGCCCUCAUCACAACCACCACCGCCCUCGUCAGGAUCCCGUCUCCAAACCCCCCGGGCCACACCGCCCACGUCGCCGACGCCGCGAUCAAACUACUCCAGAGCAUCCCGCACGCACACGUGUCCCGCCAUGAAACUGCACCGGGCCUGGUCAGCGUCGUUGCCCGCAUCCCCAGCGGGCGGCCGGGCAAACGCCUCGUCUUCAACGGCCACCUAGACACCUACCCGCUCUGCGAGGACCUCCACUGGACAGUCCCGCCGACGGGCGGCGUGCACAAGGAUGGCAAGAUCUACGGCCGCGGGGUGUGUGACAUGAAAGGCGGGAUUGCGGCGUCCAUCACGGCGGCGAGGAUGCUGGCGGAGCAUCGCGACCUGUGGCGCGGGGAGAUUGUGAUCACGCUGGCGGGCGACGAGGAAAAUAUGGGCAGUCUGGGGACGAAGUGGCUGCUGGAUAAUGUGGAGGAGGCCAAGGGGGAUGCGGUGAUUUGCGGGGACGUUGGGUCGGCGCGGGUGGUUCGGUUUGGGGAGAAGGGGUUUGUGUGGAUUGCGGUGGAGGCGGAGGGGGUUGCGGCGCAUGGAGCGCAUGUGCACAAGGGUGUGAAUGCGGUUCGGCAUCUGCGGAAGGCUCUGGAUGCGGUUGAGUCGUUGGAGGGGACGGUGGUGGACGGGCCCCGGGAUGUCGGUGAGGCGAUCGAUGCGGCGGCGAUUGUGUCGGAGUCGUUGUCUGGAGAGGUCAUGCGCGGGCGGAAUGUGAUAUUCGCCUGCCGCUGGGUGUUUCGGCGGAUGACAUCUUGA